UCAAAAUAUAUUUAAAGACCAGUAUUGUACAAUAUACAUGUGUAGAUUUUUUCACUUUUUUGCUAUGAAAAGAAGAAAACCAUGUCAUUUGUCAUGUGUUGUUAAUUGUUAUGUUACUUGUUAGUUACUAACUACUGUUACAUAUGUACGAUGUUAUAACAAGAUUCUUUGACAUUUGUAACAGACCAAAAUCCAUUUUUAUUCUUUCUAUCUCCGAAAUUUCCUCCAAACCUUUGUCUCAAUAAAAUCCUUAACCCCUUGCAACGUAUGACACACACCAAUAUCUCUUUCCUUCCUAAAAUCCAUCACCUUCCUCUAAUUUUUUUUUGUUUCAAUCAUCAUUCCUAUCUGUCAUUAAUCAACAAACUAUCCUUUUUAAUACCCUUUAAUUUUUCUCCUAAGUUUUUUUUAGACUUUUUUUUAUGUGCAUGUGCUUCCAAUAACACUUUUCUCAAUUCAUUAUUCACAAUGUUGUAACAUUCACCACCUUUUUUCCAUCACCUAUUUUUUCUUUCCUUCCAAAUUCCUGCCAUCCCUUUUCUUCUGAUUGAUUCUCCCUUCCACCAUGGGCAAUUGUUGCUCUGGUGGUACUGAAGACCCUGAAGAUAAGGGAGAAAACAAUCAACAAAACAACGAUGCAAAUGGAGAUUCUUCAGCUACAACGCCGCCACCAUGGUCAAAACCUUCGCCUCAACCUUCUAAACCAUCAAAACCUUCCGCGAUCGGUCCUGUUCUUGGCAGGCCAAUGGAAGAUGUUAAGGCUACUUAUAGCAUGGGGAAGGAACUAGGGAGAGGACAAUUUGGUGUAACACAUUUGUGCACACACAAAACCACUGGAAAACAAUAUGCAUGCAAAACAAUAGCCAAGAGAAAGCUUGCGAAUAAGGAAGAUAUUGAGGAUGUUAGGAGGGAGGUUCAAAUCAUGCAUCACCUUACAGGACAGCCUAAUAUUGUGGAACUUAUUGGUGCUUUUGAAGAUAAACAAUCUGUUCAUUUGGUUAUGGAGUUGUGUGCUGGUGGUGAACUUUUCGAUCGAAUCAUUGCUAAGGGUCAUUACACCGAACGUGCUGCAGCUUCCUUGUUGAGAACCAUUGUUCAAAUUGUUCAUACUUGUCAUUCCAUGGGUGUUAUUCAUAGAGAUCUUAAGCCUGAGAAUUUUCUUUUGUUGAGCAAGGAUGAGAAUUCUCCUCUCAAAGCCACUGAUUUCGGUUUAUCUGUCUUUUACAAACAAGGUGACCAGUUUAAAGAUAUUGUUGGUAGUGCAUAUUACAUUGCACCUGAUGUGUUGAAGAGGAAAUAUGGACCAGAAGUAGACAUUUGGAGUGUUGGUGUCAUGUUAUAUAUUCUUCUAUGUGGUGUUCCACCAUUUUGGGCAGAAUCUGAAAAUGGUAUAUUCAAUGCCAUCCUAAGAGGACAUGUUGACUUUUCUAGUGAUCCAUGGCCCUCCAUUUCACCUUCAGCAAAGGAUCUUGUAAGGAAAAUGUUGAAUUCAGAUCCCAAGCAAAGGAUUACAGCAUAUGAAGUUCUGAAUCAUCCAUGGAUCAAGGAAGACGGAGAAGCACCAGAUACACCUCUUGACAAUGCAGUGCUCAAUAGGCUCAAACAGUUUAGAGCAAUGAACCAAUUCAAGAAAGUUGCUCUAAAGGUUAUUGCUAGCUGCUUAUCAGAGGAAGAAAUCAUGGGAUUGAAGCAGAUGUUUAAGGGUAUGGACACUGACAAUAGUGGAACCAUUACAAUUGAAGAGCUCAAGCAAGGGCUUGCAAAACAAGGAACUAGACUGAGUGAAACAGAAGUUAAGCAAUUAAUGGAAGCUGCAGAUGCUGAUGGUAAUGGAAUCAUUGACUACGACGAGUUCAUCACAGCAACUAUGCACAUGAACCGAUUGAACAGAGAAGAACAUGUUUAUACUGCCUUCCAAUUCUUCGAUAAAGAUAACAGCGGGUACAUCACCAUUGAAGAACUAGAGCAAGCUCUCCAUGAGUAUAACAUGCAUGACGGCAGGGACAUAAAAGAAAUCAUUUCAGAAGUUGAUGCAGAUAACGAUGGUCGGAUUAACUACGAUGAAUUUGUUGCAAUGAUGGGCAAAGGAAACCCAGAAGCAAAUACCAAGAAGAGGCGUGAUUCGACCUUGUAUUAGUAAGGGUCUAUGGGAAGAUUCAACAGAGAUAAUUAUCUCUUUCAGCAUUUGGUGAUUUUAAAAAUUCCAGAUGCUGAUGAGUGAAAAUCCACAGAAUGUAAAGCUUGGUAGUUGUUUGGUUGGAAAGGGUUAUGGGUGAGGAAUGUGCAAAGGUGAAAACAAACAAAAUAGGAGGGUGGAAAAGAACUUAAACCAACCUUUAAAAAAUGUAAAAUCAUGUCAGGUGUUCGGUCGGUUGGUUUUGCAUUUUUUCGUUUCCUUGUAACAUAUCUUAUAUUGUAAUUGAUCUUUACUUAGGAAACAAUUAAAAGGGUGUUUAUAUU